AUGGGUGUCGCUUCGCCAAACGUGUCGGCUUCGCCGCGAAUGAAAACAACAUCGUCUCCUUCACCGGCGAAUACUACUACUAAUAAUAAUAGCACUGCGACGACGAUAAAACGAGAUUCGAUGGAAUACGUCAGUCCGAAGUACACGAAUAAGUACGCGCGGGAGCACUCUUGCGUGUCGAGAGUUAUAACCGCCGCCUCGGAGAGUACGAAACCGGCGGCGUCGCCGAGAGUAAAACGAGCGAUGGAGUACGCGAGGCACAGAAUGAUGGAGACGAACAAGGCAACGACGAGCGUCGGUUGUAGUACGAGCGAACGCGUGGCUAGGAUAUUAGCGGCGGCGAAGGCGAAAGUACAUUGUAAUACUAUUGACGUUGGCGGAGUAGUAGUUCCUCCCGCGGUGGCGAGCCGAGAAGAAGACGAGGAAAAAGAAGAAAAAGAAGAGAAGAAGAAGCCGCAUGUUGCAGAAAAGGAUGUCGUCGUCGUCGUCGCACCGCCGCCAAAGCCGAAACCAUUGGAAAUGGUAGCAGUAGUAGAAAACGAAGGAAAGAGAGUCGAAGAAGUCGAAGAAGUAGGAGUAGAGAUGAGAGCGCGAGAGGAGGAACAGAAGGAGAAAGACGAAGCAGUCGUUGCGCCAAUUCCAGCGCCACCGCCUCCACCGUCCGCGGUAGCCAGAGCGGUUGCGUUCAAGUCGCUCGGUUCCAAGAAGGAGUCUUUUAAAUCACUUCCAAAUGCAAAUCAAUCGGUGUUUUGGUUGAAGAAGUGCAACGUGGCGCUCGCGCGAGGCGACGAGGAGGCUGCGUGUUUGGCCUUACGCACAGGUAUUUCGAGAAAGGCGCAACCGACGGAGGAAUUAUCAGAGAAGUUGAAAGAGUUGGUGACGAUGAAAAUGAACGAAGCGAUAGAGGCAUCGGAGAAGAUCGAGGAAGCAGAAGAAGUAGAAGUGAAGACGCCGAAAGAGGAAGAAAGUACGAGAGAAACUGUGAAUGACGCUUCUGUCGCGCCUCGCUCGGCCUCGUCCUCGGAAGAGUUUGAGUUCAAAACCAUCCAAAAAGUAGAUACGGCUGAUUUUGCGCAAGCAGCCAUCGAACACGAAAACAAGUUGAUUGUUUCCGAAGCGAUGGCGAUGAUUGUUCGUGAGUCGCCCAAGUCGCCCACGACUGAAGUACCGAGACGCCAGUCCAUGGAUAAUAGUAGAAGUCAAAGGACGCUGGAGUACGAAGGCGUGACGCCACCUCUGCCAUCGAUAGCGACGACGCCAGAUCCAUCAGCUACUGCGACUAAUCAAACCGACGAAGAGUUUGCGUUCCGCGUGUCUCCUGCAUCUCAAGACGCUCCAGAAGAGUUUCGCGACCAACCAGCGCCGGCGCCCUCCUCCUCCUCUCCACCAACCGCGUCGCCGUUGUCUAUUUUCGCAAAGCUCAUGGGCAAGAUUAUCACCGAUACGCUCGAACUCACGGAUGAAGCUGCCAAGAAAGCAGCUGCCGCCGCGCAGUCCCCACCACAAAUUACACCCUCGACGUCCUCUCCUGAACCGUACGUCUCGCCAGCCGUGAUGGUUUCCACUCAUAUUUCUCCUCGCUCGCCUGUUCGAAGGCAGCACUCUCUCGAUAUGAAGAAAUUUUACGAGCGAGGAGAAGAAGAAGUAGAAGAGGAAGUCAAAGCAGCCAUGGAGAGCACGCCGCAACCGGAACUUUCCCCGUCGAAAACACCGUGGUCGAAACUCAAGAAAGUAAAAGACGUCAAGUCGGAGAGAAAAAGUACGAUCAAAAAGAAAAAGAAGUCGUCGACGCCGCGGCGUCCAAAGCUCGACCGAUGA